AUGAAGAGCCAGCCUCUCUGGGGGCCUGUUCUCUGCGAUGACUCUGACAUCCAGAGCUUGGUUUUCUUGAGGAAGCUCUCAAAUGUUGUUCCUUGGAGUAGAAGUUUUAACCAGCUUCGGCAGCUAAGUGUGGGCGUGACAUCCACCCCACAGCAUUUGUACUUACCCAGUUCAAGAGUUUUAAGAGUUUUGUCAUGUUCUGGAAAUAAGCUGAUCACCGUGAACCUGGGGGGCGACAUUGGCCCUGCUUGGAGACAGGGUGCCUUAGAGGUGGGAGCAAUGUCUGAAAUGGAUAAUUGCUCUGAGAAGUUCCUUCUGGAUCCUGGACAAACCACGGAGAAAUCUCCCCCUGGGGCAGGAAAAGAAGCCACAGCCUGGAGGCAGCCUGACCAGGGCUCCAGCAACUCCGAUGAGGAGGGGUCGAGCACCUGGGAGGAGCCGGAAGUCACCCAACCCUGUCUCCAGGACAAACUGCACGUGAAAGUGGCUGCCCUGGUGGUGUUCCUGCUCCUCAAAUACUGCAACAAGCAGCCGACCCGCCAGGCAGAGAUGCUGGAGAUUGUCAGCAAAGAUUACCAGGACGACUUCCCAGUGAUCAUGGGCCAAGCCUCCGAGUGCCUGAGGCUGGUCUUUGGCAUGGAUAUAAAGGAAGUGGACCCCAGUGACCACUCCUACGUCCUGGUCACCGUCCUGGGCCUCACCUGUGAUGGGAUGCUGAGCAGUGAGCAGGGCAUGCCCAAGACCAGCCUCCUGGUGCUGCUACUGGGGGUGAUCCUCCUGGAGGAUGACUGUGCCUCUCAGGGGGAGGUGUGGGAAGUGCUGGGGGCCAUGGGAGUGUAUGCUGGCAAGGAGCACAUCAUCUGUGGGGAGCCCAGGGAGCUCCUCACCAAAGUCUGGGUGCAGGAAGGGUACCUGGAGUACCAGCGGGUGCCUGGCAGCGACCCUGCCCGCUACGAGUUCCUGUGGGGUCCCAGGGCCCACGCCGAAACCAGCGAGAUGCAAGUGUUGGAGUAUUUGCUCUGGGUCAAUCGCAGGCAGCCCAGUUCCUCCCUGAUCCUGUCUGAAGGAGCUGUGAGCGAUGAGGGAGAGGGGGCCUGA